GGGCACUUGGGACGCUAGUCAAACAAGCUGGUAUUGGUAUUUCAGUCUAUUUUACACACUUUCCGGCAGCCGCCAGUCUCGUCUCUGAGUUGUCAUCCAGCGUGCCUCAAAUGCAGACUCCAAGCAAUUAAGAGUGGGCUCAGAAAGCUCAUAGCGCAAUUCCGGGACGUCGAUGUCAUGGAAACCUCGUCUGCUAAGACAGCUCCGUUAACACCCGGUGUAGACGAUAUGUACUCAGUGUCCUGCGAUCAGAGUUCCGAGGUCCCCAUCGACCCAGGCAACCUUAAACGCUGCAAACUCGUGGCCCAGCCAUUCGCCGACCGCGGAUUUCAGAAGGUCGAAAAAGAAGGAACGAAGAAUUACUGCACGUCCCGCAUCGAGGGGGAAGCGAAAAUCAUCAGUUCGAGCAGAUCAACAAAUGGUCUGACCAUUAUGCUGAUUGUGGUCUCCAUGAUUGGCGGGCCUUUCCACCUUCUCAUUCGUUUCAGCCAUCAGUCCAUCUGUCCCAGGUGCAAAUCAUUGUUGACUCGGAUAAUAAUCCUUGAAGGCGACGUCGACGUUUGUCCCCCUUCAGCCACGAGCAAUGAGUCAAAGGCUUUCUAAACUUGCCACCUCAAAGGAUUCAAGUUUCCGUCUUUGCUGCAGGAGCAUAAUUAAUUAAUGUGGGUACUUUCUGUACUUGCACUCUGUCUGGCACGUAACAGUCCAGAGGAAAGAAAGAGGCGCUAGAUGGCGCGUCAACAAACGCUACUCAGUGCUCUUUCCUACGAUGCAAGGCUAGCUGACCUCGCGUAGUAGUCAGCAUGCUCAUGCUUUACUCUUCCCCCCUC